AGUUUUUUUUUUUUGAUUUUGUCACCCUUUUCAAUGGAAUAUCCAUCUCAAUCUAAAGACCUAAACGGGGAUCCUGGUUCUGAUGGUUAACAUAACUCGUUGCUCCUUGAGAAGCGGAGAAAAAUGUUAUGUGGCACUAGAAACUUAACGUUUCACUGAUGAGUCAUUAUGGUCCAUAAUCGUGACGCAUCAUGUUAAAACCCUUCCUUUACACAACAUCCGUCCACAAUUUAAUUUAUCCAUCUGAGAACAAUCAAGGAACAUCACGCGGUGAACAAUAAGUUCUGUCAGGAGCUCAUUUAUGGGCUCCUGUUUGUGUGGAAUCACGAUAUGAUACCUCCUCGACAACUCCCCCAAUCAUUAUUCAAUUGUUUAACUCUUCGUAGAAGAGCAAUCAAGGAAUAUAGCUAACAAUAAGUUCUGUCAGGAGCUCAUUUAUAGGAUCCUGUUUGUGUGGAAUCACAAUAUGAUAGCACAUCGAGAACUCCCCCAAUCAUCAUUCAAUUGUUUUGUCGGUUGGUGAGAGCCAAACUCGAUAUUAACACUGGAAACUUAACGCCUUUCGCGAAAUUAGUCGUUUUAUUGCAAACAACUCUUGAAAGAUUUUGUUUGAGGUUUAUUUUUUUCUCGAAAAGCUUUGUUUCGUGACGAAGGGGUCUUGCAUGUUUGAAAAGAUCGCGGGACUCAAAAAAAGGAAAAACGCCACGUUCGUAAAAAUAUUUUUUUGUCAGUAUUGCUAAACGAAUCAAGUUAAGCUUUUUGACAACCGUUAUAGUGUUUGCGUAAUUAAUGGUUCUACGUACAACACCUGCUGAUUUGGCGAUUAUAUAUUUUUGGUAAUUAAUUUCGCUUUUGGGUUUUUUCCAAGCAUUUUACAUACUUAAAAGAACCCUACUUGAUCUUACCUUCUCCUGUCUACUGGUAAAUGCGGAUAACUUUAUCAUUUUUCGGUCAAAACCCUUGAAGAAGUAUCUUGUGAAAAUAAAUGAACAAUAACUAAAACCAAACUCUGUCUUUUGUCGAUUAUUUGAGUUGCAAAUUUUUUUAAAAUUUACAAUAAAACGUCAUUAAAGGAACAUUACCCAAUCAGGGAGAGAGCGAUUAAAGGCGAGCCGUAAAACAAUAAAUUGCAAGCUAUUUUGGUCAGUGCAACAAACUCCGUCUUAACAAAAAGACAACAUCGCUGAAAAAAUUGCACUUUUUGUUCGAUAUUAGCACCUAGAAAGUUGAGCUUUAGGAAACUUUGAAAGCGUGCUCCUACGCUGUUCAUGUAACACCUCAUUGAAUCUUUUGUGCGGUUUAUGCAGUGAAGUGAAUCGAAUCUGGCAUAUUUGAAGUCGUAACAUAUUUGAUAUUUGAAUGUAAAUGCCGCAAGAAGCGCUGAGGUCAUUAUCGUUUUCCCAGAUUAUCGUGGAAAACGUGGGUCAACAAAGACCUUAGUGGGUCAACCAAUCGAUUUACUUUUCUAAUCGCCGACUAUCUCUCGAGUCACGUAAAAGUAGACGAAAUGGAACAGUUCUAAAUUAGCAGACUGUAACUUGAGAUCGAUUUACGACGUGUUUAUGUUGUGAAGAUUAGUACAGGUUACAUCUGGUAACGUUUUAAGCUCUACGUGAACUCAUCCAAAGUCCAUAGGUUGGUCAAACAUUUCGCUCCGGUCACAUCACGCGCAAGGUAGACCCUAAAUAACUACACGUGCACCCCUGGGAGACAAAACAAACCAAAAACGCUGGCGCCAUCGUAGUAUCAAGAAGGACAAGGUUCCCUAGAGAUGGCUGAUUUGAGAAGUGAGACAAACAUAAGUCACGAACAUGCCGGUAUCCAAAAGCACGAUGAAGGAUUCAAGAUCGCAAUCUUAACGUGUCUCGGUGUCGCUGCUGUGGUGGGACUUUUGGGUAAUGGACUUGUAGUCGCAGUUAUUUUACGAGCGAAAAAGAUGCGUUCUGUGAUGAACCGCUUCAUACUUCAUCUAGCAAUCAGCGAUUUGAUUGUGAGCACUGUCGCUAUCCCGUUGUUUUUGGUGGUCAACUUUAAAGAAGGCAUCGGAAUGAAAAGCUACAGUUUGCCCAUUUGUAAGGUCGCCAGGUUUUUCCAGUACCUGUCGCCUGAAGCGUCCAUGACUUUGCUCAUCACAAUCGGAUGGAAUCGCCACCAAGCUGUUGUGCAUCCAUUAAAUAUCAUGUCAUAUGGCACAGCGAAUAAGCUGAUUCUCGGCGCUUGGGUCUACGCGCUUCUCGUCGUGUCGCCAAGCUUGUAUUUGACUGUGUUAAAGGACGCUCCUCUGGAUCCCAACACAAACGAGACCUUCACCUAUUGUGCAACCAUUCCUGCUACUACUUUACCUGGUCUCAUUUACGUGAUGUUCCUCGGGUUGUUUGGGUAUUUGUUCCCUUUGGCUACCUUAAUCGUCCUAUACGGAAAAAUCUACCGGACAGUUUGGAGAAGGAAGAGUGGCCAGCUAGGAGACUCGCGUCCGGUGGAGGCUUUCAUCCGCAGCCGUAAGAAGGUACUGAAAAUGUUCCUAACGGUUAUUCUAGUUUUUCUUGUCACCUGGCUGCCGUUGUUGAUUUAUAUUAGUGCGAUUGAAUGGACCGUGAAAAGUACCACGAGUCAUGUGGAUUAUGUGCGACUUAUUACGUAUUCGUUGGGAUUGUGUAACAGCAUCUGCAAUCCUUUUAUUUACGCGCUUUUUAACGGGAAGUUUCGAGCCGGCUGCAAAGACAUGUUCACGUGGAGCGUGAACGCUGCGCAACGCGGAAAGAAAAGCCCGCACGGAGAAAACGUGGCGGCGAACGGGGCCAGGCGAAUACGAGAGGCGCAGAACGUGUUUACCAGACGGGGCGGUUUUCAUGGUACUAAGGGAGAUGAAAAUAAAAAACCGAAAAAUUCAUCCAAGAAGGAAGAGGAGUCGACGAAAGAGUCAACGCAAAGUAGCUCCUUGUCAGUAAAUAAUAUUAUUGGGCGGCGUUUUAGAUCACUCACUGAUGUUGACUGUUAUAAAGGCAGUGGCUCGACAGAAGUCAUUGAGUUAGUACGCUAUAAAAAGACCAUGGAUCCUGACGAAGUCUUCACUGACUUUUCGCAAUCUUCACCGAAAAAAAACCGAGCAAAGAACGGCGAUAACCUUGUUAGAUUUGCAAAUGAGGGAUAUUCACCCAUCAUGACCAACGGUGACUCUGAUGCCUCAGGGAAUCGGAAGGUUGAGAAAUCAAAAGACGGAUAUAACAUCCUGACGGAGGAUCCUGCUUCCCUUAUUGCGGAAAAAAGAGCAAGAACAAAGAGCGAAGGCUAUGAUUAUAAGAAAACCAAGCGAGGUCUCCCAGAGCAAAGAAUUUUCAGUAUGCCUGCUGCAUUUCAUUAACUUGUUUUGGCCAAGGACUGCUGUAAAGAUUAUUCUUUGGAAAUGAAGACCUCCUUCGUCGAUUAGAAACGAGCGAUGAAUAUGAACUAAUCGAGGACAAAUUAGCGUAACAAGAAGAUGAAUGCGAUUUAUUCCCAAUAUCCGUUAUAGCUGUGAAGCAGGAUAGAAUGGUUUAUAGUAUAGCAGGUUCAAGUUGCUCGAUGUUUUUUCUCGAUAUUUACCGUCUGUAGAUUGCAAGGGCAUGGAAACAAAUAUUUCAAGACUUUUUUGGCCUAAGAUCGUUAGAGAUAAGAUCUUUGCUUUUCUUUUGAUGUCCAGCGAGGGUUCGGAGAAUAGAAAAAGCAGAUUACGAAAGGCUUAUCUCGCUGAUUUUGAUAAAUGUCAUUAUUUGUCCAGCUGCUAUGUUUGAAAGUGUUUCCUUUCUGCGUGAAAACAAAGCGGUUCUCGCUGCGUUAGGAAAAAAAUAAUCGCGUGGUCCGAAUUUCUUAAUUUUAAUAUUUGUUCAAACAUAUAUCAGUUUUACGCUUUCAGUACUUAAAACUUGUCUUACUGCCAUCGUCAAUAAUGGAAAUCCGUUGUUAAACAACUCUAUCAUUAGCGAAUUAUCUGCCGUGAUCUUAAAGGAAAACGUCUGCUGUGUUUUCGCGAAAGCUGUCGUGGAAUCAUCGAAAAUUUAACUGCAAAUUUAACCUAAAUCACUAUGUUUCGUAAUGUAAAGUUUUAUUAUAAUUGAGUUAAAAAUCAUUUCCCGGAACAGAUAAAAAUCAACUGACUUUUUCCGAUAGCAUCGCAUGAUUAUGAUUCGGUUAGAAUCUUCGUAAUGGACAACGGAAAUGACUGUUUGGCAUUAGCCAUUAUCUUUAAAUUAUUCCUUAUUGUUUUAUGGCCGUGAAUAUUAUUGUGACUAUUUUUCCCAAGGUAGAUUGAGGUCUCCAUUAUUUAAAUUUCUUCCUAUGUACAAAAGAUACUUUUUAUUUAUAAUCCUUUGUCGAUACACGAUCGUGAGAAGAUCAUUCUCACUCACGGUGCACUCAGCGCGGUAAUUACUAAAUAAGAACCUCCCUAUGUAUGGCACGGAAACUAAAUCAGAGGUCACUUAAAGUUGAAAAAUAUUGCUAAGUAGUUCUCCAAAGAUGUGCCAUAUCGAAUAAUCAAAUUUUGGUUCUAGUUCAUUCCAAACACAAUAUUUGGAUAUUGGAAAUAUAAAGUUUGUAGUUGGAUGUUUACCAUUAACAUUCGUUACUAUGUAAACGUAACUUUAAAGUUAGAAUUUACUCUCGCGCAAACUAAGGGAAAUAUUUGUUAGCAAGUUUCAUUUGAGUUAUGCCAGGUUGUAAAAACUUGUGGAACUAAGAUGUUGUUGAAACUUUCCUAUUGUAAUAUUGUUACUCCUGUAGAGUUGGUAAUUUAAGAAAACUCGAAUAUUGCCUCUGU